AUGGUCUUCUUUACAGUACACUAUAGUACACCAUUUGGUCAAGCCGUCUGCCUCGAGGUGGAAGGUGAAAAAGAGUUGUUCAAAUUGAAAUAUCAGGACAACAAUACAUGGACUGGAGAGUUCACGUUCACACAGACUGGAUUGAUCCAUUAUCAAUAUUUAGUGGUCAAAGAAGAUGACGUGAAGGUUGUCUACAGAACUGAAGGAAACAAAGAGCACUACACACAUACCCUUGAUUUGGCUGCUCUUCCUUUAUUCAAAAAGGUUGAAGUCAAUGAUUUGUUCCUCUCAGGCUCUGGUGCUGAAGACUCGUUCUUGAACACUUCUUUCUUCAGAAAGGUCAUCUAUGGAAAACGCACAGACGAAAAGAUGGAAAUCAAAAAGAUUGGAGAAACCACUUUGUUGCUCAGAAUUAGAUGCACCUGCGUCCCAGAAGGACAGUGUGUCUUUGUUGGUGGUGCUAUUGAGGCUCUUGGAAAAUGGAACGUUCACGGUGCUGUGAAGAUGACUCCCACCCAUGCCCCAUAUUAUGAGGCACUUGUUGAUAUCACAAAAGAAACCAAACCAUUUGAAUACAAGUUGUUCAUAGCUGAUACUCACACAAGAGCAAACGCAAGAUGGGAAGAAAGAGGGAAUAGAGUCUAUUAUGUUCCACAACUUAAAGAAGACGAAGUCAAAGAAAAAGACGUUCUUAUUAUCAAAGAAGAUGACGACUUGGCCGGUCUUUACUAUAGAGGUGUUGGUGUUGUUACUCCAAUUUUCUCAUUGAGAACAAAGGCGUCAUGUGGAUGUGGUGAGUUCUUGGAUGUCAUCAAGUUGGUUGAUUGGUGUAAGAAGACUGGAAUCUCUUUGAUCCAAACCCUCCCCGUCAACGACACCACCGUUUACUUCACAUGGAGAGAUACUUAUCCAUACAAUCCAAACUCAGUUCAAGCAUUCCACUUGUUGUAUUUGAGACUCUCUGCUAUUACUGAAGACAAAGAAAUCUUGGCUGAAAUUGCUCAACAGUCCGAAAGACUGAACAAAUUGGCACAAAUUGACUACGAAGAAGUCUUGAGAGUUAAGGAAGAAAUCUCUAGAAAGGUCUUUGCUAAGGUUGGAACAACACAGAAAGGCUUCGAUGAGUUCAAGAACACCGCCAAAACGUGGUUGAUCCCGUAUUGUGUCUACAGAACUUUGGUUAAAUCCGUCGACACCCCACUCCCCCCAACUCCAAAAGACUUCGCCGAAGUCGAAAAGAUGUACGAAGAACACAAAGAAGAGUGCGAUUACUAUGCCUUUGUCCAAUACAACUUGCACCUCCAAUUAAAAGAAGCUUCUGAGUAUGCCACCAACAACAAAGUCGCUUUGAAGGGUGACUUGCCAAUUGGAGUUUCCAAAAGAUCGGUCGAAUGCUGGAUGCACCCAGACUUGUUCCAUCUUGACAAAUCAACUGGUGCGCCACCCGACUAUUUCUCUGCUGGUGAAGGACAGAACUGGGGAUUCCCAACUUACAACUGGGAAAAUAUGGCUAAAGACGAUUACGCGUGGUGGAAGGGAAGACUCUCACAAAUGGCGCAGUACUUCAGUGCAUAUAGAAUCGACCACAUCUUAGGGUUCUUCAGAAUUUGGAGUAUUCCAGCGGGACACCGAACUGGGUUGUUGGGAAGAUUUAACCCGGACUGGCCAAUUUCCAGACAAGAGUUGGAAGGGUAUGGCAUCUACGAUACCGACCGAUUGAGCUAUCCAUACAUCAGAGACCACACAUUGAAUGCGCUCUUUGGAUCCGAAAGAGACUUUGUUGUUUCAAAGUUCUUAGUAGACAAUUACAACGGCACAUAUAACUUGAAACCAGAGUACCAGACCGAAGGAGCUAUUCUUGAGAAGACCGGCCUCUGCCCAGAGAUGAGAGAUUCUGACAAGAAGAUAGUCACUGGCCUUAAGUUGUUGUUACAGAACGUCUGCUUACUUCGCGACGAGAACAAUUCGAACUACUUCUACCCAAGAAUUGACAUGCAAAAGAGUUACUCGAGCUUCAACGAAUUGCCAUUUGAAGAACAAGAGAACUUGAGAAAGUUGUAUCGCCAAUACUUCUACGAAAGACAUGAAGGACUUUGGGAAGAAACUGCUCGAAGAAGACUUCCCGCUAUGGCGAGAGCGUCGAACAUGUUAGUUUGUGGCGAAGAUCUUGGGAUGGUCCCUGACUGUGUUGUGCGAGUGAUGAACGACAUGAAAAUUGCGUGCUUGAGAAUCCAACGAUUGACUGAUACCCCGGAGAAGAAGUUCUAUCACCCCGCGGACUAUCAAUACUUGACUGUUUCAGCCCCAUCGGGUCAUGAUAUGUCUACUAUUAGAGGGUGGUGGGAAGAAGAUAGAGACAAGACUCAAUACUUCUGGAACCACUUGUUGGGAAGAAGUGGCGCGGCACCAUUCUCAUGCCCCCCCGAUGUCGUUAAAGUCAUCUUUGAUAUGCAUUUGUACGCCCCAGCUAUGUUGGCGUGCUUCCCGAUGCAAGACGUCUUGUCACUGAAAGCUAAAUACAUCGAAGGAAGAGAUCCUAAACAAGAACAAAUUAAUGACCCAUCAAAUCCAAUCCAUUAUUGGAGAUAUAGAUGCCACGUUGACUUGGACGAUAUAUUGUCGGACAACGAGUUGAAUAACUUGCUUUCUGCGUCUGUCUAUGGAUCGGGAAGACAUAUGUUCUAA